AUGUGAGCCCUAAGAGGAAAGUGGAAGGGGGAGUGAAUAAACAAACUAGGUCAUUUGCGCCAUCCUCCAACCCUCCCCCCAUCUUUCCGUAGCAUUUUUUUUUUUUGCCCCUCACCCUUUUAUUUGUCCCCUUAUCCCCACCCAAUGACUUUCUUCCUUUUCUUUCAGUGAAAUAGAAGUCCUGAGAAGGUGGAGGAUUUCUUUCCUGAUUGACUGCUUGCUUAACGCACCUCCUUUCCCAUCUUUGUGCUGAUUGAAAUGAGUGGACUGAGGUGUCCUGUUGUUCUGGGGCUGGCACUGUUAUUAUUGACAGUGGGAUCUUGCCAAGGGAGGACUGAACCUCGAGAACUCAAGGAUAGGCAGACUCUCUUAAACUUAAUCAUGGAGAUCAUCCAGGAACUUAAAAAAUAUCAUUCGGGGGAGGACAACAGAUUGCAAUUUUUUAGCAAGCAUGACUAUACUUUGGGCAGGAGAGAAAUCACUGACUAUGGAAUUUAUCCUGAUGAACAAAGAGUUGAAAUAGUUCCUCGAGAUUUGCGGAUGAAAGACAAGUUUUUAAAACAUCUUACAGGUCCUCUAUAUUUUAGCCCCAAAUGCAGCAAACACUUUCAUAGACUUUAUCACAACACUAGGGACUGCACCAUUCCAGCAUACUAUAAAAGAUGUGCCAGGCUUCUUACUCGGUUAGCUGUCAGUCCGGUGUGCAUGGAAGGAUAAGGAAGCAGAGCCAUAAAGUAGCAGAAUGUCAAGAACCAUGAGAAGUGCCUUGGAACCUAACAGGGAAAUCUAACUUCAUACCUUUAUAAACAUAUUCCAUUGUGAACAAGAGAUUUAUUUUUGCAAACUGA